GCGGCUCCGUGCCCGCCGGCGGCGGCGAGCGGCAGCCCGAGUCCGUCCCGUCCGGGCGGCGCGGCAACUUUCCCGGGGCGCGGGGCAGAUCAGAUGAAACUACAGAUUACAUGACCAAAGUCAAAACAAUGCAUGAACUAAUGAGAAACAGCGCUGAGAAUGUUAGCUGCUUAGAUGCUGGAAAUCCUAAGUGCAACUUCACUACCAAAAGAGACCCUGAUGUUAUGUGACCAUUGAGCAGAGUUUGCAAGAAUGGAAAACCAAAGGAAAGCCAAAACUAGUUGAUCUCAUAAUUAAAAAUUUUCAAGAUUGUUGAGUCAAAAAAUUAUUCCAGCCAUGGGAGAAAAUGCAAGUUUUUGGGAAAGUUUGAUAUAUGCACAUCCUACAUGUACGUCCUGGAAGCAAGAGGCAGAGGGAUCUAUCUACCACCUAGCCAGUAUUUUCUUUGUUGUGGGCUUCAUGGGUGGAAGUGGAUUCUUUGGGCUCCUCUACGUCUUCAGCUUGCUUGGACUGGGCUUUCUCUGCUCUUCUGUUUGGGCUUGGCUGGAUGUGUGUGCUGCUGACAUAUUCUCCUGGAAUUUUGUACUGUUCGCUAUAUGCUUCGUCCAGUUCGUUUAUGUCACCUACCAAGUCCGGAGUGUUGCCUUUGACAGAGAAUUCCAGGAACUCUACAGUGCUCUCUUCCAGCCUCUGGGAAUUUCCUUGACUGUGUACAGGAAGAUUGUCUUGUGCUGCGAUGCAGAAGUGAUUACCCUGGAGAAGGAGCAUUGUUACGCCAUGCAGGGCAAAACACCUAUUGACAAACUGUCCUUGCUUGUGUCAGGCAGGAUCAGAGUGACAGUUGAUGGGGAGUUUCUGCAUUAUAUUUUUCCUCUUCAGUUUCUGGACUCUCCUGAAUGGGAUUCACUGAGGCCCACAGAAGAAGGAAUUUUUCAGGUAACGCUUACGGCAGAGACAGAUUGUCGGUACGUGGCCUGGAGGAGAAAGAAGCUGUACCUGCUGUUCGCUAAGCACCGCUUCAUCUCCCGCCUGUUCUCCAUUCUGAUCGGGAGCGACAUCGCCGAGAAACUGUACGCCCUGAACGACAGGGUGCACGUGGGGCAGGGCUUUCGGUACGACAUCCGCCUGCCCAACUUGUACCACGCGGCGCUGCCGGACGCCCCGCCCGCGCCGCCCCCGCGCCGCCCCCACCGCCUGCAGCGGGGCUCGCCCCGGCGCAAGCCCGCGGCGGCUGCGGACUGCGCCUCCGCCCUCGCACCUUCCUAGCAGGGAAGAUGCUGCUGCAGCCGCUCCUCAAAGCGGUGGAGGGAAAUGGAAGGCGGCAAAGCGGAUGAGCAGAGAGACAAAAGCAGAUAAAGCCAAAUUUGGCUGACAAGUGCCAUUUAUGUUAACUGGAGUAGGGUGAAUCCUCUAUCUCAAGCCAGCAGGUUGGCUUCUGCAUUUUGACUGUCUGUGCAAUAUGUUUACUUUCUGUUGAUACUCCUGUUGGUCUUCAUCUCUUUCGUUUUGAAGGAGAACAAAUCAUAACAGUAUGAGGUCUUACUGCAAUUGUGGUGACCUCUGUGGUGGUGUGUUGUUUUCUUGUUUGGUUGUUUUUUAAAGCAAGCCCAUGUUAUUUGUAAUUAUAUUUUCUUCAAAAAAAAUUUUGUCACAAUGAAAUAUAAUCAGAAUUGUCAAUGAAGACAAGUAAGUUGUCUUCAAAUAUAGCAAUCAGCUUAUAAUGUUCUUUUUUAUGCCAUGUGAACAUUCUCUCAAUUUACAUGAAUAAUGUUGCUGAAAAAAAGGCUAAGGAACAAUCACAUUGGGUUUGUUUCUUAAAUAAAUGAAAGAUUUUGAAAUGCACAGCAGAAUUGCUAAAAACCAAACCAAACCAAACCAACAAAUUCUGUCCCAUGAAUAACUGGUUUCUCUCCAACUGUCCUUAAGAGGUGUUACAUGAAAACAAACAUAAGUGUCAUUGCUGGCAUUAGAAAAAUAAAAGAGCUUUAACUGCUGCAAAUACAGUUUAGGGAAAUGAUUGUGUAGCAUUUCUGAUAGAAUGUGAUGCUAUAGGACCUGGGCUUCUGCAGUGUAAGUGCCCUUCGUGACAUGUACAAUAAAUAAUGCUAAUCAAUCUACUGCCAAAGCAUUGGAUUUUGUUGUAUAAUAUUCCUUUUAGCUGUGUUUGUCAGGAAGAGACUAAAACAGCUGCAGCAAUAAAUACAAUUUUUAACUGACA